AUGAUUCGUAGGGCACGACAGGCUGUGUAUUGGCCUGGGAUGGAGGGUCAACUGAAGCUCAAGAGGAUGCAGUGCAGAACAUGUGACGUCAUCGCUCCAUCCCAACAAAAGGAACCACUAUUGCCUACCCCACCCCCUGAAUAUCCUUUUCAACAGACGGUCACGGAUAUGUUUCAAAUAUGUGGAAAACAAUAUCUGGCAUAUGCAGAUAGGCUUACUGGUUGGCUGGAAAUUGCCUUCUUUCCAAAUGGUGGUACUUCUGCUAAGUUGAUCCCACUCUUCCGACGACACUUCAUGCAGUGGGGUGCCCCAGAAGAAAUCUCCCUCAACGGUGGCACCAAUUUGAGGAAGCAGUACGUACAGCAAAAAGAACCAUUCAAGAUAACACAAGAAGCGACGGAAGCCUCGACACAUAGUUUUGCAAGAGCCAUUUUGCAAUAUAGAAAUACGCCCCUAAGAGACAUCGAUAAAUCGCCGGCACAAUUAGCCAUGGGACGACAACUCAGAGACUCAGUCCCCAUGAUUAAAAGCUACCAUAAGAUAACAGAGCAGUGGGCAAACAUUAUGAUAGACAGAGAGGAGAAGAUGGGUAAACACUUGGGAAAUGUCAAGCUCCGUCAUGAUUCUAGUGCAAAGAGACUCCGCCCCUUGCAAACGGGUACCACAGUAGCAGUGCAAAAUGUUGUCUCUAAGGCCUGGGAUCGUAUUGCAAAAGUCAUUGAAAUGAAAGGAGACCGCCAAUAUGUCAUAAAAUUAGAUGGUAGUGGAAGAAUAUCAACGAGAAACAGAAAACAUCUUCGGGAAAUAAGAGUGCAGGAUUCCCCACCUACUCGUUCACUUUCCCCUGCUGACUCGUGUGCUGACCGCCAACCCAGAAGAGGGACGAGGAAAAUAAAUCCUCCGAGUUGGCAUAAAAACUACAUUUUGUGA